CUAGGUAGUCCUCAUUACGGCUACAGACUGAUAGACAAAGAGCAGGGGAAGGGCUGGAGACACUUCUAUUAGAGCGAGGGAGGCAGAGUGAGAAACUGUGAUCAGGGAAAGUUAGAGAAGUUAUUAGUCCUGCUUGUGUGCUAAAACUUCCCUGACUGCUCACUCCACUACCUGAGACACACACACACAAACACAGGGAGGCGUUUCAGGGCGGCUUAGAGGGCUGACUCUCCAGGGAAGAAGGGAAUUAAACAUUUUUGUUUUCAAUCCACUGCGAACAUACUCAGGAGAAAAAAAAAAAGGGAUUACAGCUUGUACGCCUGCCUCACUUGUUGCUCUCUCCUCUUUGCAUUUUGUCUUCACUGACUUACUUUGGAGACUUUGGAUACAAUUUUCUUGAGUUGCUGGUCUAAACUCAGAGAGGCAUGGCACACGGACAAAAGAGCCCCAGGUGGGCAUUAACCCAGGGCUCCUUCAGCUUGGCACUGGGCCUGUCGCUCUUCACCCUCCUCCUCCUCCUCCUCACCGUCUCGGCCGCAGACGAGUACGACUACUACAGCUGGCAGUCGGACAACUUCCACAAUGGCCGCUUCUACACCAAGCAGCCCCAGUGUGUGGACAUACCGGCGGACCUGCGCCUCUGCCACAACGUGGGCUACAAGAAGAUGAGGCUGCCCAACCUCCUGGACCACGAGACCAUGCCAGAAGUGAAGCAGCAGGCAGGCAGCUGGGUGCCCCUCCUGGCCAAGAGAUGCCACGCGGACACGCAGGUGUUCCUGUGCUCGCUGUUCGCGCCCGUGUGCCUGGACAGGCCCAUCUACCCCUGCCGCUCGUUGUGCGAGGCGGUGCGAGACAGCUGCGCGCCAGUGAUGGAGACCUACGGCUUCCCCUGGCCAGAGAUGCUGACCUGCGACAAGUUCCCCAUCGACAACGACCUCUGCAUCCCCAUGCAGUUCACGGGGAACCAUGCCACCCAGCCACCAGUGUCGAAGGUGUGCCCGCCGUGUGACAAUGAGCUGAAAGCGGACAACAUCAUGGAGCAUUACUGUGCCAGCGACUUUGUCCUAAAGAUGAAAAUCAAGGAGGUGAAAAAGGAGAAGGGCGACCGGAAGCUGAUCGCGGCGCAGAAGAAGAAGAAGGUCUUGAAGCAGGGGGUGCUGAGGAAGAAGGACAUGAAGAAGCUGACCCUGUACAUCAAGAACGGAGCCAACUGCCCGUGCGCCCAGCUGGACAGCCUGAGCUCCAACUUCCUCAUCAUGGGCCGCAAAGUGGACCAGCAGCUGCUGCUCAUGUCCAUUCACAAGUGGGACAAGAAGAGCAAGGAGCUCAAGUUUGCCAUCAAGUACAUGAAAUCCCAUCAGUGUCCCACCUACCACACUGUGUUCCAGUGACGCGGCCCGCCACAAAAAUCAGCAACUGCUUCCCAUUAUCCACCCCGUUCCAUGUAGAUUCAAAAAAAUGCUAAAGAAGAAAAAAAAAAAAAAAAAAAAAAAACUAUAUAUUUUCUCAACUUAAGCAUCAAUCAGGUAGUCAAGAGUUCCAUAAAAAUAAACAGUCUAUAACAAUGAGGAUGAUAUAAAUGUAUUUCCCGAAACAGACAGACACUUAAUCUACUCCUUGAGAUUUAACAGAAUAAUCUUUUGUUCUGCUUUUUCCUCAUAAGAUAUAGUAAAAACAAUCACUUACAUUGCAUCGUACAGCAACUUAUCAAUUAGCAGUAUGUUAUGGGAACAUACAGAUUGAAGCCACCUUUUAGAAUAAAAACUGCCUGAUAGUGUAAUCAUUAUAGACGGAAACGGAGGGGGGAGGUAACAUUUGUAUCCGCGAGAAGAGCUGAGGGGAAUGAUAAUGACGGCAGCGAGUUCACGGGAACUACAUGAAAGCAGAGAAGUGUAGAUGAUCCACUUAACGAUACGUUUUAAUAAUGUAGGUAAAGCAGAUGAAUACUAGACGAGUAGAAAACAGGCCUUUUUUUCUUUCAUCCCCGCUGGGACAGGAGACCAAUGGAGCGACACAGACGGACGGGCUGGAUGAUGCUUCCACUGACUUUGUACAGUACCGUUUUGUUUGUAUUUUUGUUUUGUUUUAUUUUUUUGGUCUGAAAGAGGGAAACUUGAAUUUUUUUUUUUUUUUUUGCAUUUCGAAUUGGAGAGGGGAUGGAAAUAAGGCAGAGAAGACCUCUUCUUGAAACCACACAGAGAAGAGAAGAGAAAGAAAGAGAGAGAAAGAGACUCUGGACAGGACCGACGAUGUCGGUCUCUGGUACUUGCUAUGUUUCACUAUCACUCUUGAAAUGUGUUUUUUGUACUUUUUUUUUUUUUUUUUUUUUUUAAUUUGCUUCAGUUAAACCUUUAUGGCAUGAAAGCAGAAAUCAUACAUACAGACAUAGCACAAGAAUACACUGUUGCCAUAGCAAUGAAAGAUGAAAAUUUAACUCUGACAAUAUUUUCUAACCUAUUAACCUGUAAGUAGUUCUGUUACUGAAAUAGAUCUCUGUUUUACAAGAAAAAGGAAAUGAAUAAAAUAUAUUUGAAAUUUUUAUAAAGAAUAA